UCGGUAUAUCCUCCAUCCAGUUGAAAGAAGGUAUAUCCAGUUUUAUAAGGUUUAGACGAGGGUUAUUUGAUCAGCUCGUGGAAAUUUUGACGCAUCGAGGAGCGCCAUGGUCUCCAGACAGCGCAGCGCCGGCAUCCCCUCUAGCCCUAAUUCGCCAGCUCCGGAGCAGCCAUUUCUAUCCAUCUCUGUCACCGAUCCGGUGAAGCUCGGUAACAAUGUACAAGCCUACAUUUCUUAUCGGGUCAGCACCAAGACUAACAUGCAAGAGUAUCGGGGCUUGGAGAAGAUUGUCAUUCGUAGAUACAGCGAUUUUGUGUGGCUACACGAGCGAUUAACUGAGAGAUACAAGGGCAUUAUCAUUCCUCCGCUUCCAGAGAAAAGUGCAGUAGAGAAGUUUCGAUUUAGCGCCGAGUUUAUCGAGGUCAGACGAAGAGCUCUAGACGUGUUUCUGAAUCGGAUUGCUGCACAUCCGAUUCUUCGUCAAAGUGACGACUUGAAAAGCUUUCUGCAAGCCGAUGAAGACAGUUGGGUUGUUGAGAAAUCAAGAACAGCUGAGGGGGUUUUCAAAAAGAAACCCAGCGAUUUCAUGCAAAUAUUCAAGGAUGUACAAUCCAAAGUCACGGACGUUGUGUUGGGUAAAGAAAAACCCCUGGAAGAGACGAGCGAGGAGUAUGAAAAGGUCAAGCACUAUGUCACAGAACUUGAAGAUCAUCUUGGCGAGGCACAGAAGCAGUCGUAUCGUCUGGUGAAGCGUCAUAGCGAGUUGGGACAAGCCUUGGCUGAGUUUGGCAAAUCGGUGAAGUCCCUUGGAGGCUGUGAAACGGGACUUCUUGGCAAAGCCUUCGGAGAACUUGGCAACCGUGCGGAGUUACUUUCCUACAAGCUACAAAAACAGGCGCAAGAUCUGCUCAUGAACUUUGAGGAGCCGCUCAAAGAGUACGUCCGAACCGUCCAGUCCAUCAAGGCGGUGCUGAGUGAUAGAGCGCAAGCCUUCAGGCAACAACGUGAGCUCUUUGAAGCAUCAAAGCUGAAAGAGAUCAACCUGGAAAAGCUAAGAGUAGUGCGGCCUGACAAAGUAGGGGAGGCCGAGAUCGACUACAGAGAGACGAAACUUCAAAGUGACGAAGCAAACAAGCGCUACGAAGAGAUCGUCAAGGUGAUGCAGCAGGAAAUGGUGAGGUUCCAGGAAGAAAAGACUCGAGACUUGGGUGCCGUCUUUCACGAGUUUGCUCGCGGCCAGGCCCAGCUAGCCAACGACACAGCCGAGGCUUGGAAGGUUUUGGCAUCGCAACUGGACGCCUGGUCGCAUCAAAGCGCUGGAAAGGCCGUGGAGUCCUCCGCUUGAGACGAACAACGCACUCUCGUAUUGUAAAAAUUUACAGGCGAAGAGAAUAUCAUCCUUCCAGGUGUGCUAGAA